CUUAUAUUUUCAUUUAUUUUUCUGUCUUUCUCUUUAGUUUGUGCGAUAUCCGUAGAUCUGGGAUUUCUCAUUGAUGGCUCGUCCAGUAUCGAGCGUUAUGGCAGAGGAAACUUUGCGCGCCUGCUCAACUUCGUCAAGUCUCUCGUGAGUUUCUUUCCAAUAUCUCGCCAAGAAACACAUGUCGGUGUCGUCCUGUACACGAGCCGGUCUAUACCCAUCUUCAACUUCAACCGGUACUAUACUAGAGCCCUCAUCUUGAGAGCUAUUGACAACUUGAGGUAUCCUCGCGGUGGUACCUACAUCGGCAAGGCACUGUCAUUUGCCCGACGCUAUCUUUACAGAGGAAGACCUGCAUCUGGUAGGAAACGGGUGCUUGUUGUGCUCACUGAUGGCGUUUCCCAGGACAGUGUAAGCUCGCCGGCGCGCCGUCUCCGAGCUUCAGGCUGCGAGAUCUUCGUGUUAGGAAUUGGACGAGGAUACAGGAAAUCACAGCUGAGGCAGAUAGCCACUGAUAACAGUCAUGUGUUUACGGUCUCCUUCCGAUCCCUUGGAAAAGUGAUACAAAAUAUUAAAACCAAAGCCUGCCAGAAGCCUCUGCCUACGCCAAUAAAAACUAAUGAAAACAUGUGUUGUGCGGGGGGUACCACACUUUACCUACUCUGGUGUUUAUCAAACAUUUUUCCUGUCUUUGUUUUUUCAGUACCAACAACACCAAGGGUGCGUCUACCAAGUACCCUGGCUGUCUAUCCCUUUGAUCGUCGGAGACAAGGACGAGACAUCAGUCGGAGUAGAAACCCGAGCGCACGAAUUGUAGGCGUGAAAUACGGACAGGGCCCUGAUGGCCGUACAGACGGCUCCACCGUGUUCUUCGGAAGACGCACCAGCUACGUUGAAAUUUCUAACACUGGAAGACUGGACGCGAGGUAUUCAAUUACUAUCUUGAUCUGGGUGUACCACGAUGGGAAUCGCGGUCCGAUUGUCAAUUAUAAUCCGAAUGGAUUUGGUGUUCAUCUGUGGAUGACGGGCAGGCGGCAAUUAUUCGUUCGCUUUAUGCACCGCAAUGGGCGAAGGACUCCGCCUUUACGGAGCAACCGGUUUAAAUACCGUGCUUGGAAUUACGUCGGUGCCACUUAUGACGAGCGAUCUGGUGUCGCGACGCUGUGGGUAAACUCGCAUCCGGUAGCGAGGCGUAGACUAGGGAGAGUACGUCUCUCCACCAACUAUCCUAUUCGACUUGGUGCUAUCAGAAGAAGUCGAAGCUAUUUCCGGGGAAAGCUCUUCUGUUUGCAGCUUUAUAGCCUACCCUUGACCAAGAAACAGAUCUUUGAGGCAAAGAAAAAGUGCUUCCUGCCAGUACCUACACCAACGAGACCGCCUAUCCGUACCGUACCGUCCACUCCGCCUCCAAGAAUUUGCAGAGCCCGCAUCGACCUUGGCUUCCUUAUCGAUGGAUCUCGCCGAACCGGCACCGCCACUUUUCAACGCAUUAUCGAAUACGUGAAAGAAACAGUCAGACGAUUUAACGUCCAGGGUUCUCAAACAAGAAUAGGUCUGACUCUAUUCGCUUCCAGGCAACGACCGAUCUUCGGUUUCCGUCGAUCUCACAGUCGCGCGCAGGUCUACCAAGAGUUGAAGAGAUUGAGACUUCUACGGGGAGGAACGAGGAGGACAGCUAGAGCCCUGAUGUUUGUCAAGAGGUUCCUCUUUCGAGGUAAACCCACGUGUGGUCGUAGGAGAGUCCUCGUCCUAGUUACUACCGGUGUAUCGCGUGAUGACGUCGUGCGUCCAGCGAGGAUCUUGCACGCCGCGGGAGUCGAAGUUUACACGGUAGGAGUUGGUCGUGUUAGUGUGAGGUAUCUGAGGAAGAUAGCUACAGAUCGGUUCCACGUGUUCUCUGCCAAUGUCGGUAGCUUGUUGACUAUAGUCAGGACACUCAAGGACAAGAUGUGCCAUUCUCCAGGUAAGUCCGCUCAGAGCUUACUUUCAAAUUCUCUUUACCUCUUCCGAGAUAAUUACUCGAAUUUCAAAUACGAUGGUAUGGGAAAGGGCAUUGUGGCUUACUGGGUUCAAUAUUUUAUUUUUAUUCUAGUGAUCAUAUCCAGAGGAGCUGUGGCCACCUACCCCUUCACAAGUGCAGUAAGAGGCGGAGACAUCAGUCAAUAUAAGAACCCUCCGGCGCGACUUGUAGGGGUAUCGUACAUCCAAGGACCCGACGGACACCCGCAGGGGGCUUAUUACUUCCCAGGGAGGACCCGAAUAAGUGGAAGGACGAGAGUAAGCUAUGCCAUCAUUCCUAACAAUGGCUGCCUUGACACACGUUACUCGUUGACGAUGAUAUUCUGGGUGUUCCCCGAAUCUCCGGGACCUUUAAUCCAUUUCAACCCGAAGGGAUGGGGGGUUCAUUUAUGGAUAACUCGUCUGAAUCAGCUCUACUUCCGGUUGAUGCCCAGGAGAAGGACCGGCCGCCGGGUGAAGCCGCUGAUUGGCCGCGGGCUUAAACCGAGGACUUGGAACUACGUCGCGGCGACUUAUAACCACCGGACAGGUUUGGCGACCUUGUGGUGUAAUGGCUACCCAAUAGCGCAGCGAAAUGUUGGUAGGUUCCCAAGUGGACUGGCGACCAAUUAUCCCAUCAUUAUUGGUCGGAGACCGGGUUCUCGUCGCGUGUUUCGUGGACGACUCGCGUGCCUGCAGCUGUUCAACGUGGCGCUAACGCGACCUCAGAUUCUCGCUCUGCAGAAGAAAUGCUUUCGUCCAAUUCCAACUCCCGCGCCAACUCCAAAACCAGGUACCUUACUUAUACUGUUCAAUAUUUUAUUUUUUUAGUUAAUAAUUCCGGCCUUUUUCGGAUGGUAGGGAGUUUGUAGCGUGAUUGUAGAAGUCUUGACAAAGUCUUUCAGUAGAAAUUUCAGGUCAUAUCUUAACCUGUCUUCCAGUCUCAUGUGAAUCGAUAAUAAAAAGACAACAUAACGCGCGAAGAUAUUUUACGUGGAGACUCCGUGAAGCGCUUACCACAUCGUCGGAAACGCACGUGUGGUUGUC